AUGAGGCUACCCUUCGUGGGAUCUAGACACAAGUAUGUCGUUCUAGUUGUCGUUUUACUCAUCUGUCUGGGUCGUGGUCUGCUAUCAUUGAAAAGCACGGACAACGACACGGAAGACCGCCCACGUUUUCUGUAUCACUCCAGAUUCCGUACCAAUCCUGACACCGACUACGAGCUGCGACUGUCCAAUGCGCUGCGUGAUCUCGAACACCGUGAACGAUCCCUGAAUGGAUUAGGAGGCCAUACAGACACAUUAUGGCAGAUUCUAUUAGGAAAGACCCCAACUCCCGAACAAAGAGGUGAAGACUCACUCAAUUUGGAGGCCGCAAAUGCAGAAUGGAAGUACAAGAUCGUGACAAGCGAAUGGGCCGAGGAGUUCGUGACCAUCACCCUCUCAUCAAUACCUGGUCUCGCGAGCAUGUAUCAUUCCUACCCUCACAACGUCCUCCGAUCCGACCUGUUACGUUAUCUCAUCUUGUGGUACUAUGGUGGAUACUACGCGGAUAUGGAUGUCUUCCCUAAGCGGACCAUUAAAUCAUGCCCGUCACUACAACAUUCGGUGUUUGCGCCCGAGCACACUAACGUCUCGCUUGUCGUGGGAAUCGAAAUAGAUGAGCCUUUCGCCUCGCCGCAGAAGAUGCGCAACUGGCACUGGGUCAGAAGCUACGGAUUCAUUCAAUACACAAUGUACGCGCCUCACCGAUUCAGCCCGCUGCUGAGAGAAGUGAUAGUGCGGGUGCUUUCGCACACCAAAAGCAACAAGAGUAUUAUUUUUCGAAAAUACAGUGAAAUGACCACUCUCGAAGUGACCGGUCCAGGAGUUUUUACUGAUGCAAUCCUUGAUUGCUUGUCUGAAACACUUCCUGCCACACACCCAUUAAUCUCUGACUCAGUGAAGGCAGAUGAACACUUAGGAGACCUUGUUCCACCAGGAGUUGAAUCGCCAAUCCAACGUGUGAGUUGGGCACCUUUCUACCGACUUAAUCAGCCACUAUGUGUGGAUGACUCAAAUGUCAAACCAGAUAAGCAGUUUGGUGGAUUAUGUGUGUUGCCUGUGAAUGCAUGGGGAAAUGGACAGCGACAUAGUGGCUCAGAAGGGUUCAACAGUCAACAGGCAUGCAUCAACCAUCGGUUCAGCGGAACCUGGAAGCCCUGGAGGCAGAGCUGGAAGAAAUAUCUGUUUGGUUGA